AUGUCCAAAAAGGUGUAUCAAUCACCCUUUCCCGACCUCGAGAUCGAAGCAGUCGAUCUUGUCUCAAAGGUCUUUUCGAACCCGUUCAACGCACCCCUGUCGCGGCCCUUAUACAUCGACGCCGUCACCGGCGAGCAGUACACCUACGGCCAUGUCAUUACGCGAACGCAGUCCCUGGCGCACGGCCUGCAGAGGGAGUUCAGUCUCAAGGCAGACGACGUCGUUGCCCUCUUCAGCCCCAAUACAAUUGAAUACCCCAUCGCCUGCCAUGCCAUCAUUGGAUCCCAGGCUAUCGUCGCUCCGACCAGCGCUGCCCUCACGUCGUCCGAGCUGCACGCCCAGCUAAAGACCAGCUCUGCGCGAUUCAUCAUCGUCCACACAUCGCUCCUUUCCACUGCGCAGGCAGCGGCAAAGGGGACCUCUGUUGAAAAAGUCAUUGUCCUCAACGGACAAUCACCCACCCAACCAACCUGCCAGCAACUCGCAAGCACCUACCCUGCCACCCCCCUGCGCGAGAUCCCACCCCGCGAAGCACCCCUUCGCACCGCAUUCAUCUGCUUCUCCUCAGGCACAUCCGGCCCGGCAAAGGGCGUGAUAACCACCCACCAAAAUAUCACAGCAAACCUGCAACAGUGGCGCGCACAACUCCUCGACUCCGGAUCCCCAGUCCAGCGCAUUGACCGCACCACCGCCAUCGCCUUCCUACCCUUCAGCCACAUCUACGGACUGAAUCUGUAUAUUUGCCAGUGCCUCCUCUGGGGCACGCCCGUCGUUAUUCUCCCGCGGUUUGAUCUCGAUCUUUAUCUUUCGUGCAUUGAGAAAUAUAGACCGCAGGAGCUCGCGCUCGUCCCGCCUAUCGCGCUCAUGCUGGUCAAGGACGAUCGGAUCAAGCGGUUUGACCUGCGCAGCGUGCGCCGGAUCCUCUCGGCUGCAGCACCACUUACCAGCGACCUCGCGGCUGCCCUCGAACAGCGCUUCGCAGAUCUCUUCGCAACAGAGGUCUUCUGCACGCAGUCGUGGGGUCUCACCGAGACAUCCCCGAUCGCAACGGGGAUCCCAAACGACCGCAUGGACAAGCGCGGUAACGGCGUCGGGUGCAUCGUCCCGAACAUGGAGUUCCGCUUCGUGGAUCCAGAUACCCUCGUUGAUGUCCCGGAAGGUACAUCCGGGGAGAUCUGGUGUCGGGGACCGAACGUUACACCGGGGUACUAUAACAACGUCGAGGCGACGAGGGGAACGUUCCAUGUAGAUGACUACGGGACGGCGUGGUUCCGCACGGGGGAUAUCGGCGCCAUUGACGACGAGGGAUAUAUCGCCCUGCAUGACCGCAUCAAGGAAAUGAUCAAGUACAAGGGGAUGCAGGUGAUUCCGAGCGAGCUGGAGGGGAAAUUGCUGGGACAUCCGGAUGUAGUCGACGCGGCUGUUGUUGGGGUGUGGGUUGACGAGAUGGCGACCGAGUUGCCGGCUGCGUUUGUGACGUUGCGCGGUGGGGUUGUUUCGAAAGAUCGUGGGGCUACGAAGGUCGCUGAGGAGAUACAGAAGUGGCUGAAUGAAAGGGUUGCGAACCAUAAGCGGCUGCGGGGAGGGGUGCAUGUCGUGGAGAGUAUACCCAAGAGCCCGAGUGGGAAGAUUCUUAGGCGGCUGUUGAAGCAGCAGUUGACUGCCGCUAGGAAGGCGCGAUUGUAA